GGCUGCCAUGAUUGAUGAACGGCAGAUGGUCGUGCCGCAGGGAGGUGGAAUUUUGGGACGUUUUGAAAAUGUGCGGGUCAAGAAGAGUGCCAAAAAGACGGUAACAUGCGAUGCAGCAACUCCGGAGUAUCUCCGGUAUGAUUUUCUGAAACCCCAGCAUUUGCCAAUCGAGCGUGUGGAUGAGGAAGCCAACUUUGCUGCUGCCUCCAACAUCAAUGAGACCCGUUUUCACAAGGGCUUUCAUCGCCGGCACCAGGCAGACAUUCAGCAAGAUGCUGCAAGACUGGAGCACGAAGCGGCACGGGAGCAAGCUCGAGAGGACCGAGUGGCUGGACAGAUUGCAGCCGCACGCCAACUUCGUGAAAAGUGCACCUUCAAUAUCUUGACCGGAGAAGGAAUUGGCCGCGAAUGUGAGUUUCAGCAUGUUGGAAAGAAGAUUGUUAACCCGUAUGGCAACAUGCAGGCAACCUUUGUAGAGCACGACAAGGAGGAACGCCAUCGAAUCAAGAACUCACUACACAGGUUUUUUGAACAUCCUGCUCCCCACAAGGAGGUGAGAUCAGCAAACCUCUUCAACGAAGGGCUGCAGCAAACCUUGAAAGAGUCGGCUAUUUUGGGCUAUGGCAGGAGUGGUGUUUCUCGCACCAGAGCUCGAUCGUGUGGGGUGGCGGACAAUUUCGCACAUCUUCAUGCCCUGCCUCCUGAACCUGACUAUGAGGCUCCACGGCAUGGCAACGCGCAACACGCGUGCAGAACGACGACGACGGCGGCGGCGGCGGCGACGACGAAGACAACAACGUGCAAAGAGUCAAAUCAUUUUUGGCUGAGAUCAAUAAUUCAGUAGCGUGCGGACCUGGCAGAAAACUUGUGCCUGAGUCGUUUCACCCACGGAGGCUGAGAAAGGGCACAAGAAAGGCACUAGUAAC